AUGGAGUGGCUGACAGACGCGACCUGCGACGGCUUUAGGCUCAAUGAGCUGCCAACAGCAGCAACAGCAGCAUCUGCUGCUGCUGCAGCAGAAGCAGCAGCAGCAGCAGAAGGAACAGCAGAGCAGGCAGAGCCGGCCUCGGACUGGGAUCUAGCAGCAGCGCAGAGGGCAGAAGCAGAGCCAGCAGCAGCAGCAGCAACAGCUGCAGCAGCAGCAGCAAAAACGAACGAAAGCCCUGCGUAUGCUGUGUUGCCGUCCACCAUCUGCGGAGAGUCAACGAUGAGGGAGAAGCAGGAGCUGGAGCAGCAGGAGCAGCAGCAGCAGCAGCAGCAGCAGGGGCAGCUGCUGGAGCAAGAUUUCAAGCAGCAGCAGCAGCAAAAGCACCUGCAGCCGCAAACGUCAGUUCUGCAGAAUGCGCAGCAAAUAGCGGCGCAGCUUUCGCCUUCAAGCUCACGCAAUAAAGCGAGCAGCAGCACGAGCAGCAGCAGCGGCAAAAAGAGCAGCAGCAGCAGCAGCAGCAAGCUAUUUGCUGAGGCCCUGACAACGCGCUGCACGACGACUUCGUGCAGCGGCGGGGACGGGGGUGAAGCAUUUCCAGCUUUCGAGGAGGCAUCUGCUGCUGCUGCUGCUGUAGAUGGCUGCUCAGUACACCAGCAGCAGCAACAGCGACCACAGAAAGAGCAGCAGCAGCAGCAGCAGCAGCGGAGCCUGGAACAGCCACUGCAGCAGGAGAAACCGAAGAAUCUGCGGCAAGAUCUGGAGGGCCCUUUUGCUGCUGCGAGCCGCCUCGCAAACGGCAUGCUGCCCCGCAUACGCUUGUUGCUGCUGCAGCUUGCUGCACAUGAUUUGCAGCAGCAGCAGCAGCAGCAGCAGCAGAAGGAUGCACAGGCGCUGCAGGAGGAGCAGCUUGAGGGGCCUUUUCCGCUGCGCAUUUUGCUGCAGGCCUUUUCGAAAGCAGCUGAAUCCAUUGUGCGCAUGCAGAAGCAGCAGCUAGAGCAGCAGCAGCCAAAGCAGGAGCUCCAGCCACUGAAGCAGCUGCAGCAGCUGCAGGUGCUGCAGCUUGCCUCUCUCUCAGCUGCCGUUGCUCGCGUACACAAAACAUAUGCAGCAGCAGCAACAGCAGCAGCUGCAGCUUUUUCAAAGGAAGCCCCAGCAGCAG